AUGGACUCCGCGGCUCGCCAACAACCUCAAGUUCAACCUUGUAGAUACAAGGUCGGCAAGACGUUGGGAGCUGGCUCCUAUUCCGUCGUGAAAGAAUGCGUCCAUAUCGAUACUGGCCGCUACUAUGCUGCCAAGGUCAUCAACAAGCGGCUUAUGGCCGGUCGCGAACACAUGGUUCGCAACGAAAUCGCUGUCCUUAAGAAGGUCUCCAUGGGCCACCAGAACAUUCUUACCCUCGUCGAUUACUUCGAGACCAUGAACAACCUCUACCUCGUUACCGAUCUUGCUCUAGGCGGCGAGCUCUUUGAUCGAAUCUGCCGAAAGGGUUCCUACUUCGAGUCAGAUGCUGCGGACUUGGUUCGCGCUACAUUGUCGGCUGUCGCUUACCUCCACGACCAUGGAAUUGUCCAUCGCGACCUGAAGCCCGAAAACCUACUCUUCCGAACCCCCGAGGACAAUGCAGACUUACUCAUUGCAGACUUUGGACUUUCACGAAUUAUGGAUGAGGAACAGUUCCAUGUUUUGACUACAACCUGCGGUACCCCUGGAUAUAUGGCCCCCGAGAUCUUCAAGAAGACCGGUCACGGCAAACCGGUAGAUCUCUGGGCUCUUGGUGUCAUCACAUACUUCUUGCUCUGUGGUUAUACCCCCUUCGACCGCGAUUCUGAUUUUGAAGAGAUGCAGGCCAUCCUCAAUGCAGACUACAGCUUUACUCCGAUCGAAUACUGGCGUGGUGUUUCUAGCCAUGCUAAGGACUUCAUUCAACGGUGCCUAACCAUUGACUCUACGAAGCGCAUCACCGCCCAUGAGGCCCUCCAGCACCCAUUCGUUGCUGGCUUCAUUAAUGCUGAGGGCGAGAGUCAGAAUCUGCUACCUAAUAUCAAGAAGAACUUCAACGCUCGCCGAACUCUGCAUGCGGCCAUUGAUACUGUUCGUGCUAUUAACAAGCUGCGCGAGGCCCAGAACGGUUUGAUGGACGGAGCUCGUUCAAAGGAGCCCAGUCGUGGCACUGCCCGACAACAACCUCAACAACCUUCCACUAAGAAGGGAGACAGUGCCAUUUCCAUGGGUAGCAACCAGCCUAAGGACAGUGGCUACGGAACACAAACUGAGAACGACGUGGUCAUGGGCAACACCACAGCCUCCAACGUCCCUUCCUCAUUGCAGCCCGGUAACAAUGGAAAUCGAGUUGUUGAGACCUCCAAAGGACUUUGGAGCGGGCCAGCAUCGAAGAGGUAG